AUGCCACCAAAGGCUCAGAAGACUCCCACCACUGGCGGCAAGGCCCCGGCUGGCAAGGCGCCCGCCGAGAAGAAGGAAGCUGGCAAGAAGACCGCCGCUCCCUCUGGUGACAAGAAGAAGCGCACCAAGACCAGGAAGGAGACCUACUCCAGCUACAUCUACAAGGUGCUCAAGCAGGUCCACCCUGACACUGGUAUCUCCAACCGCGCCAUGUCCAUCUUGAACUCCUUCGUCAACGACAUCUUUGAGCGCGUCGCAACCGAGGCAUCUAAGCUUGCCGCAUACAACAAGAAGUCCACCAUCUCUUCGCGGGAGAUCCAGACCUCUGUGCGACUGAUCCUGCCCGGUGAGCUUGCCAAGCACGCCGUCUCGGAAGGCACCAAGGCCGUCACCAAGUACUCGUCAUCCACCAAGUAA